GCCGUGGGUUGGAGAGGUCUCUGGUUUUUGACUCGGACGCGACUGGGACUCAUUUGGACUCAUCAGAACACAACAACCGGAGAAGGAGUGAGAGAAUUCUGCCAUUUGCUGAGAGCUUAUGAGAAUGGAGUUCUGUUUCCGUCGCGGGUCCAAAAGGGCCAUGUUUCUCCUUUCCAAACUUCAUCCUCGUGCUUGUCAAUGAGCUUGAAUCGGUAUCUGUAAUUGGGGUUCCACAGGGUGAGGAAUCGAUACAAAGAAUGUCGGUUGCUCAGACGGGCAGUAUCACAUCUCUGAGCGUUGAUCUCUUUUACGACAUUCUAAGGCGCCUGGAUGGUGCCACUUUGGCUAGUGCAGGAUGCGCUUGUGCCGAUUUUCGCUCCAUUUCCAGAGAAGAGAGGCUAUGGGAGAACGUUUGUGGUUCCUUGUGGCCCUCCACAAAGAGAGAGGAUGUAAGGAGAUUGAUUUCAUCAAUGGGGGGCUUUCGCAAGUUUUAUGCAGAUUGCUUUCCUCUUAUUAUAAACAAGGAACUACCCAACGUCAAUUUUGACUCUGUUCUUGAGUUCUUUGAUGAAUGGUGGGAGGAUGAUUACUAUUAUGAUGAACUCGAUGAAUGUGAGAACGUUUCUCCUUCUGAUCUGGUCUCAAUUGUGGAUGUUAGGUUCAAAGAAAAGAUAGUUUAUUCAAAGGUUGUUUGGGGAAUUCCUGAUUUUGACCACUUCCAUGACUGGUUCUACAACUGCCCAUUCCGAAUCGAUCUGCUCAGCUGCUCUGAGGAAAACCACAUCCCAGAAGAUGGGGAGGUUACACUAUCAACCGAAGAUGGGUUGCCAUCUAUUGAAUCCAUAGAUAGGGAAAGAAAAGAAGGGAAACUGUGGAAGGAGCUUCGUGAUGGGAUUAGGCUCAGCUGGAUUGUGGUGAACAGGAAAAUGAAACAGGCUGCUAAUCUAGCUAGCUGGAGUCCUCUUGGAGGGCAAAGGCAUUGGCCGACAGAUGAGGAUUUCUUGAUACGGUUUGGAUCAAUUCUUCCUGCCAAAGAUAUAUUGCCUUGUCAAGUUGUACAGUGCAUUCUUGUUAUGAAGUGGAGGAUGGUUGACGGAGCGACAACUUUGAAGCUGAUGGAGUUAAGCAUGCAGCUUGAAGACAUGGCUGGUGCUCAUGUAAAUGGAAGAAGCAGUCUGCUGGUCUUGAAAGAAGCAUUGAGCUGCCACCGGAGCAAGAAUUACAGUGAGGUCCUUGAGUCAUGUCAUCAAUAUUCUAGGGCCCAAACAGAGCUGAAAGAGGAGAAAAUGAGAAAUGAAAACCGGUUAGAUAGGUUGUGCAUCUUAAGUGGCAUUGCUGCUCUUGUCACCCUCUGGUACUGUAUCUUAUAAAUCUGCUCCUGAAACAAUUAUUACGAUUUUUUAUCUCAUUUGAGGUAAGACGGGCAUAUAGAAAAGAAAACAGAAGACGGGCACCCCACUUGCUCCACCCGACCA